AUGUUAUUUAUUGAUAGUCGUUAUUAUCGUCAAUAUUUCGUGAUACUUACAUCUUUCUGUCUGUGUAUAUUGUUCUUAAUAAAAAAUGACUUUCCAAAGGCAAUACCUAAUAUUUAUUUAUUCAAUAAUGAUUCAUUAUGUAACGAUGUAGCAGCGGCUAAUGAAACUGGUUUUGAUUGUUUGGGUGAACCAUUAAUGGCAUGGUGUCAAAAUCAAAUUCAUUUAUGUAAUUCGUCGUUAACUAUUUUCAAUAGAUUAUUUGCAAAAACGCAUUCGAUUAUUUUACAAACAAAAUUCACUAAAGGAAAAAGAAAAGGUGGCGAAAAUCUCAAUCAAGUUUUAAAUCAAAAUGAAAAUGACGAAUAUUUUCAAUUUGAAAAAGAAUUUAUUCAACUUUCAUGUAAUAUUUCAUUACCAAACGAUAUAUUUCCAAACAGCCAUUUAUCUAAUAUAUUUUCUUUCGUUACAUCGUAUCAUACAUUAGAAAAUUUGGUUGUAAUCAAUGAAACAACCAUAGCCGUCAAUCGCUAUGAUUAUGUUAAUUUUUAUCAUACAAUAACUGAUCUUUAUACAGUUUAUCUGUUAUGUCGAUUUUUUCGUCAUAAUCCAGCAUCUGUUCGUAUACUUUUUCUCGAUAGUCAUCCAAAGGGUAACCUAGAUUUAUUAUGGUCACAAUUAUUUCAUUCAUACAAUCGUUUGGGAUAUUUACAUCCUUCAUCGAUAUUCUAUAAAGAAUUAAUUUGGUCGCCACCACAAGCAAAAUCUGAACUAGAUAUAAAACAAUCUCGAAAAAUAGCACCAAGCUAUUUUUCAGAUUUUCAUCAGCAUGUUCUUGAAAAAUUUAAUAUUGAUUCAGAAAAAAAUAGAUUUUUAAAUUGUCAAAAUGUAAAUAUAUUUUUUCUUCUUCGCCAUAAUUAUAUUGCACAUCCAAGAAAUCCAACAGGAGACAUACAACGAAAAUUAACAAAUGAAAAUGAAAUUCUUCAUCAAUUAAAAAUGAAACUUGAAAAUAUUUCAUCAAUUCAUUUUACUUUUAAUUUUUUUGAAAGAUUACCUAUGAAACGACAAUUAUCAAUUAUUACACAAACAGAUCUUUUUCUUGGUAUGCAUGGUGCUGGUUUAACACAUGUACUUUUUAUGAAAUCUAAUCGAACUUUGAUUGAACUUGCUACCGCUGCUUGGCAAAAAGAAACACAUUUCGAACAAAUGGCUUCGAUUAAUAAUAUUAACUAUUAUCGUUGCAUAAUUCUCGAUGGAGAUUCGACAACCGCUCAAAAUAUAUUGAAUUGUUUAAUGAAAAACCUUUUUCAAAUGUGUCCUUCAUUUAAACGAUCAUUCGGAACAAAUUUUUCAUAA